ACCAACAUUAUCCCCUCCACUUUUCGGGAAAAGGUCGCCUAACCUGUUGAGAUUUUUGUCAUAUAAAUACUAAAAUAUCACGUUCUCUAGAAUUCAAUUGAUUUGUAAGAAAUAUUAUUAUUGCUUAAAUUUAUAAUGCAAUAGGUUGUUUACUAAGAAUGGCAGCCUUGAUGAAGAAACGAGUAUUAGCUGAAUUUACUCAAAGUCAGGUUAUUGAACCACCAACUAAACGGUUAAGGACUCUAAGGCUAUCAUCAACAACUAGUACAAAAAAUGGUACAGAAAGCAGUUCGGCACUAGCUUAUAUAGAGUGCCUUGAGAAAUGUAAGAGUGGAAAUGAUGCUUUGCAAUUGCUUGUUCGUAUCUCAGAUGCUAUAGCAUACAUAGCAGCUGAAGAUGUUCCUAUAGCUGUAAAAAAGCUAGCAGAAAGAUUUGCUGUUGAAAAUGAAGCUGCAGUUAGAGCAAAAAUUUUUUGGGUAUUUGCUGAAUUAGGAGAAGUGACAUCUGACAUAGCAGAGAAAGCAAAAAUUAUUAAUGAGACGAUAGAACUUUUAAGAAAUGAAGAAUCACAUAGAGUAAAAAGUCAGGGAUUAGCAACACUUUUAAAACUAGGGGAUUAUCAGAGAGCAUUGGUGUUGAAAAUUGCACAAGAACAUUUGCCUGAUACAUGGCAUGGUGUUCAAACACGAUGUCUUUCUUUAAUUGGACGUUAUUUGACAGCAAGCGCUGUUGAAGAUACCUUAACAUUAAUUGGUAAUUAUGCCCGUUCUCAAGAUCCAAGAGUACGUGCACAAGCUUUUAAAACCAUGGCAGAAUUACAUUCCAACAGAGGUUACAGAUUACCUGCAAGUUUCUUUAGAGAAGCUUGUGCAGCUCUUCGUGAUGAUUAUGAAAUUGUACGCCGAGCUGUUUUAAAACUUAUUUGGCUGUUAGGAAGAGAGUAUCCGGAAAAUAUCAUCAGCUUUGACGGAGAAGAUAUACGUAUGGUAGACUGUGCUUUUUCACAAAUUUGCAGUCUUAUGGGUGACUUAUCGCCACGUGUAAGAGCUUCGGCGAUGUCUCUUUUAGGAACGAUGAAAAGUGUAUCACGUCGUUAUAUAGAACAAGCGUUAGACAAAAAACAGAAAGUAGUUGAGGCCGACAGACCCGAGGUUGAAGAGAAAAGUGGAUCUUGUGGAGCAUUUAUUCAUGGUUUAGAAGAUGAAUUUUUAGAAGUGAGAACAGCAGCAGUCAAAGCGCUCUGUACGCUGUCAUUAGAGCAACCGAGUAUAGCGAGGAUAUCAUUAGAUUUCAUGGUAGACAUGUUCAAUGAUGAAAUCCAAGAUGUUAGAUUAAGAGCCAUCGAGUCUUUAAGGAAAAUGUCAAUGAGCGUGACACUUCGAGAAGACCAGUUAGAAACAAUCUUGGGUGCAUUAGAAGAUUUCUCAGGAGAAGUGAGAGAGGGAUUGCACGCGAUGCUGGCUGCUAGUCAUCUCGCCACAACAAAUUGUCUUUACAUGUGCGUCAAUCGUUUGCUAGAUAAUUUGUCUCGGUAUCCUCAAGACCGUGAAAGCAUCAGGAACUGUUUGGCGGCGUUAGGUGCAUCACAUCCGUACUUAACAUUGCCCUUAGUACCGCAACUUCUUAAUCGACAUCCCUUCUUCGAUACAUCAGAGCCGGAUGUGGAUGAACCAUCCUAUGCAAGCGUACUGGUAUUAAUAUUCAACGCCGCGUUGCAUUGUCCAAGUAUGCACGCCUUAUUUACAGAGCACGCAUCCAAGCAUUAUCACUAUUUGCGCGACACUAUGCCGCAUUUAGUUCCACGAUUACGUCCAGCACUUACGAGUAGCGGAGGAGUCAAAACGAAAGAUAUGGAUGUCGAAGAAAACAGGGAUCAACGUGGCCGAGAAUUUCUAGAAAAAAUGGUAGCCGGAAUCGAGAACGCUAGACCAGGUGGUAGAGUCCACACACAGCUUUUGGAAGCUGCAGCCAUUGAUCUUGAUCGUUUGGCAGAGAUGGAUCAUCACAUGGAGGGUGCAGCACGUUUUACCGCCUUGUACAUUCGAUGCUUGUUAUUAUUGAAGUUCGUGCUGAAGGAAUUCUCCGUCUCAACGACAAUCUCUGCGAGUCCGGUACAAAGUACUAGCAAUAAUGUUUUCGUUCUUCUUCAACAUGCACAGAAAUUACAACGCUUAUUUAGCGGGUUAGGUGAGAACGAAGUUGUAUUGGCUAACGACAUGUGGUUGAAAGCACUGGCUAUAGAAUUAGUUAGAGUAACCAAGAGCGCAACCGGUAGCGCGCUACCAUUGGCUCGUCAUUUUUUGUCAGAAGCUGACGCAUUGCCUCAGGAUACAUCGAGAUUACCGCCUUUCUCUAGAUCUUUAGUAUUGCAGAUACCGAAUCUGGCGGAUGUAAAGCCUGGUUCUUUGACGCGACUCUUGGUGCCGUUGCUUUUAGCACCAGUAGUGCAGGGAGAAGAACGACUACCGAAGCCAUCGGCAUCAACGCAUUUUUGUCGAGCGGUCAUCGAGGAACCAAGAGGGGACGCUGAUGCUGCGCUGAAAUUCACGGGUGGCCUCUUAUUGGGCAUCCCACUGAACGCCAAGAUACUGAAUCUACGUGAUCCCGCCACUCUGCGGAUCAAGCUAAGACACCCGGAUCAACAAGUGCAGUUGUUAUUGCCGCGGCAGUCGGACUUACGUUUACAACAUGUCAAUCAGAAGGACUACAGAUUGAGAACAACAGUUCUUUUGUCGCAUCAAGUAUGGAUGGAAGCUUGUAAUGUGGAAAUCUCUUUGGCAUUGUUGGUACCAACAUCUUCGGUUUGUACGCAUCCGCCUCUGGAUGAUCCUUGUAUAAUUGAUCUAUGUAAGCCUACCAAAGUAUCAAUUGCACCAAAGGCCAUUAAAAGAGGCAUAUGAUUGUACUAUAAUCACUAUAUCAUUGUAAGUUAUUCACAUAUAAACUUUCUUUUCCUAUCGAUCAAUUUGUAUAAAUUUUUAUGAGGAUUUAGUAUUUUGUGUACUGCAAUUGUGUAUGCAAUUCGUUCAUAAAAUGUAUUAUAUUAAUGUAAAGAAUUUUGAAGAUUCGUUUCUAAAGAAAACAGUAGAAUACGUGAAGCAAAGUAAGAAAAUAUACAUAUAAUAUACAAAAAAUAAGAAAAUAUAUAUUGCAAUAUUAAUCGAGAGGUGAAUUAUUUUGAUUUGGAUGAAAAUAUUUUAUUAUAAAACCUAGUUCUAUCUUAAUCAAGUGUACAAGAUGCAAGCGCAGAUUUUGUCAUAAAAAGUCAUACUUCUCAAUAUAAAACAAUGUGCACAUGA